UGUUGAAGGGAUCAGAUGUAGUUUUGAUGAUCCGGGAAUGAAGUCAAGGUUAGUUUUCCAAGGAAUUUGGUGCAGAAUCCUUUAACUUUGGAUUGUUGGCUGAUAUUUAGCAAACUCAGCUAUGAGGUGCAUCCAGCCUUGGCCACGAGCAGCGCGGAGGAGCGAAUGGCUCCGGUGCGCCUUGGCCCACCACCACAACCCCAAUCCCGGCGUGGAGAAUGAAAUAGUCGUCCUGGCCACCGGGAUAGACCAAUACUUGCAGGAGGUCUUCCACCAUCUUGCUUACCCUAACCGGGAAGAUAAAGUGUCGGCGGAGGACUUCACGACACUCUGCACCGUCCUGGGUGUCAUCGGAGCCCGGAAGGGUCAGAAGAGCAUGAAAGAAACCUGGGAUGGAGAUGGCGACGAGGAAGAGUUCGGCGAUGUUUGCUCCGGGUUGCCUUGUCAGUUAACUUUUAAGGACUUCCAUGCGCGUCUGUGCGGCUUCUUUCGUGUGCGCACCGCACAAAGGGGCACCGGGGACUGUGGCUGGCGGCUGCCCGUCACUGAGGAGACCGAGCUGGUGGAGAGACAGAUUCUUCUACGGUGGCCUCGUCUGAGGAGGAGAAAAGAUGUCACGUUUGAUCUGACAAGGAAUCACAGCAGAUCCACCGCAGAGGACACGGAUUCGGAGGAGUUAGCAGCUCUCAGGGAGCUGGUGGAGGACCUGCGCUCAGCACUGCAAGGGAGCGACGCCCGCUGCCUGGCCCUUGAAGUGGCUCUGAGACGAGAGAAAGGCCGCACGCUCCCGACUCCGAAGGCUGUUCCGUCACCCGCAACCUCCGUCUCCCUCGUACAAGGCAAGCUGGUGCCCACACGCCGCAUUAAAGGACGUGCCGACGGAGGAGACGGUGUGAGGAGGCCAGGGAGGAGGUGGGACACGUGGGACCCGCUCUUGAGAGAGUUGAAGCUGAUUCGAUCCUCUCGCGACGGACAGCUGGAAGAGGCCAUCAAGUUCAAUCAGCAUCUGGAGGAGGAGUUGCGAUGGGCCUACCAAGAAGUGCGAAAGCUUCAGGCGUUGGAGUCUGCUCUGAGGAGGGAGAACAUCCACAUUAGGAGGCGAGCAGAGGAGGCCAGAGAGGCUUUGAGCUUGGGGCUGGAGAAGGUCAGAAUGAUUCAGGAGCAAGCCGAAUCCGUGCCGCAGCUUCAGUCCAGGAUCAGCCAGCUGGAGACAGAACUGGAGCGGUACAGGUACCGUACGGCAGCUGUUAGCAGGUCCUCCGCCCACACUGCUGUUGAAGUACGGCUGUUGUCUGUCGCUCCUGCCACCAGAUUCAGCCGUGUCUGUCUCCCUGAUGCCGCCUCACGCAAAGGAGUCGCGAUCUACUCGGGUAAGACGGAUGCUGAGUGUCUGCAGAGAGCAGUGGAGGGCAGAGCUGCCUCUGAUGAAGAGGAAGAGGGCGACAGGGGGGCGACUCAGGAAGGACAACACCGCCUCCCGGAGGUGAAGACGCGCACCAACCAAUCGCACGACUGUGGCAAAGGCUGCAGCUGGAAGAGACUCAAGCAGGAGCUCUCAGCAAGCACGGUCGGCAGGGGGGAGGAAAAAACACCAGAGCCAGAGGCCGCCAAGGCAACGCAGGAAGACAAAGAGAGGGCGAGGCUGUCUUUACUGGAGGAAAAGUUUCGAGAUUCCCUCCUGUUGCUGCUGCAGCUACGUAAUAAGAGGGUGUCCCGCCGGGAGCUGGGCACAAUAAUGAUGGACACUCUGGACAUGUGCAGCAAACAUGGAGAUGGUCCGUGUCAGGUGCUGCAGGUAGCGGACGCCCUGUACAUGCAGUUGUCCUCCAGUGGUUACCUUGGCGAAGGAGGCGAGGACAAAGGGGAUGAGCGGGAGAGCACACACCAGCCUCAGACAAGCCCUCUGCUCAUCUCCUGUUAACAAAGCUGCUCUUUUUCAGCGAGCUUCGCUUUAUGUGUGUGUACUGCUCUAAAUUGUCCAGCGGUGUGACUGAGAGUCCAGCAGUCUUCUGUUUCCAGGGUAACAACGCAGCGACGUUUCAUUCAUAUUCCUGUUGUAAGUUAGUUAGUUAGCUUUGGAAGCACGUUAACCAAACGGGUGUGGGCUGAUGUUCUACUGUCAUGCGCACGUGUGGCAGACGUACCACGUCUAGCAUGACUUAAUAACGCUAUUAAAGCUGCGGUGUCAAACCACUUGGGCUAAUAAAUGUCGAAUUGUCUCCAACAGAUGAAUUCAGCAGGGUUACUUCAUCGGGAAAACAAAGCGUAGUGAGACCCAACAUCACAAUGUGACCUUGGAGCAACUUAACACGUUUAAGUUCAUUUGACUCAGAACGCGAAUCAUUUGGACUUCGGUUUUGAUGGUGUUGUCUUUGAGGCAGCGGAUUAGGCAGGCACAAACUAUG